UGUAGGCAGGCAGCGGAGUUGGUACGAACAUCUUCGACUUCACAAACCAAAACCACCUCGGCUGCUCUUCAGCGGCUCUGCUCGCAAAUAUGCCUCAGACCGGCCGCUGCUUUGGAGGUAUACGCCGGAUUUAGCGUCUUAUCUGCUGCGGAGAAGAUGAGCAAUUUCAGAGCGAGCAGCGCAAGAGAAAGUGUGCCUUGUUUGGAGUUGAACGGGUCGUGUGCCACAACAUAGUACUCGGAGCGCAUCGAGGCCAGCCCCAGCAGCCUGUAGCACUAGUUAGCUGGCCGGCUAACGCUAGCGUGCAGGUGUUUUGGCUGUAAACAACGUAACAUUACUUGUAGCUCUAGUUACCUGGCAGCAACCUCGGUUCUCACGUCUUGACCUAACAUUGAACUCAGUGUGCCUGCUAUAAACUUUUGAAGCAAACACCAAGUAGCAAGUGUUUCACUUAGCAGCAUUCUUAUUAGCAGUUAGCAGUUGCUGGGUGUUUACAGGAGCAGCAGUCUGGCCACAUUAGCCACAAAGCUAGCGACAUAACUUUAUUGCUACAUGCGCCUUUUUUUCCCCUCUUUUUUAGCUAUUUUUUUCCCCCCACUGUUUAACCGGACUUGACCUCGGACUCGCAGUCUGCUUUAGUUACUUUUUUUUUUUUUUAAUCAAGCGAGCCAGUUUGUGUUGUUUCACCGUUGUAAGCCGGGACUGACCCACCCUUAAGGACAAUUUACCCGGGGCCGAUGCUGACGGUUCAGCCCGGAUCACGGCAACACCAGGAGCCGCUUCAGCAAUGCAGCCCCAGCAGAUAUACGACUUUUCGAGUGACGAGAACAGUCACAAAUGGAGAGGCCUCUUCGUGCAAGCUUUACGAAAGGUACAGAAGCAGGUCCAUCCGAACCUGACAGCAAAGGAGGAUGCCCUCCAGUAUAUUGAGGAGCUGAUCUUGCAGCUUCUCAACAUGCUGUGUGUGGCCCAGCCUCGCACUGUACAAGAUGUAGAGGAACGUGUCCAGAAAACUUUCCCCCAUCCUAUAGAUAAGUGGGCAAUCGCAGACGCCCAGUCAGCCAUUGAGAAACGCAGGAGAAGACACCCUUUACUUCUUCCUGUGGAUAAGAUACACCCAUUGCUCAAGGAAGUUUUGGGCUACAAAGUGGACUACCAUGUUUCCCUAUACAUUGUGGCAGUGCUUGAAUACAUAUCAGCAGAUAUACUGAAACUGGCAGGCAACUAUGUUGGCAACAUUCGUCACUUUGAAAUCACUCAGCAGGACAUCAAAGUGUCCAUGUGUGCAGACAAAGUGUUGAUGGACAUGUUUGACCAAGAGGAGGAUAUUGGGUUGAUGUCGCAGGGCGCAGAGGAGCCCCUGUCCUCCGGGGAGCUCACGUAUGAUGACCUGGUGAGGCUUGAAAUCGCAGAGGAGCGGCAGUACCUGCGAGAGCUGGACCUCAUUGUCAAAGUGUUCCGCAGUCACUUCCUUCAUGCCAAAAUUUUCACAAAUGAGGACGUGGAGGUGAUCUUCAGUAACAUCCUAGACAUCCACGAGUUGACAGUUAAGCUGCUUGGGCUGAUUGAGGAUGCUGUUGAGAUGACUGCCGAUGGCAGCCCUCAUCCAUUGGUGGGCAGCUGCUUUGAAGAUCUAGCAGAGGAGCAGGCAUUCGAUCCCUACGAGACCCUGUCUCAGGAUAUUCUCAGUGGGAAAUUUCAUUCACAUUUCAACAACCUGAUGGCGCGACCAACAGUUUGCCUCUACUUCCAGUCAAUUGCAGAUGGCUUUAAAGAAGCUGUUCAAUAUAUCCUUCCCCAGCUGAUGAUGGUCCCGGUGUACCACUGUAUGCACUACUUUGAGCUACUGCAGCAACUUCAAGAGCGCAGCGAAGACCAAGAUGACAGAGAAUGUCUGAAACAGGCGAUCACAGCUCUGCUUAACCUUCAGUCUAGUAUGGAGCGAAUUUAUGCCAAACACCAGCCUCGACGUAAACCUGGUGAGCCCAUGUAUCGUCUGUACAGCAGGCAGAUUCGUAGCAAACAACUCGCCAUCAAGCGCAUGAAUGAGAUCCAGAAAAGCAUCGACGGCUGGGAGGGGAAAGAUAUCGGUCAGUGUUGCAGCGAGUUCAUCUUGGAGGGCCCGCUUAUACGAGCAGGUGCUAAACAUGAGAGACACAACUUCCUUUUUGAUGGCCUGAUGAUCAGUUGUAAGGCCAAUCAGAGUUCACGGCUCCCAGGGGCGGGCAGUGGGGCGGAGUACCGCCUGAAAGAGAAGUUUGUUCUGAGAAAGGUCCGCAUUAUGGACCGUGAGGACUCGCCAGAGCUGCGGAAUGCCUUUGAACUGGUAGGCAAAGAUGAAAACUGUGCAGUUUUCUGUGCUCGGACAGCAGAGGAGAAGGAAGCGUGGAUGGCAGCACUGGUGACUCUGCAAUACCGGUCUACUUUGGAUCGCAUGUUGGACGUGGAGCUGCAGCAAGAGGAACAGGCACAGCCUCUAAAACUGCCCUCCCCAGAGGUUUACCGUUUUGCAGUACAGGACUCUGAGGAGAAUAUAGUAUUUGAGGACAAAGUGCAGAGCAAAACGGGUAUCCCCAUCAUUAAGGCCGGCACAGUGGACAAGCUCAUAGAGAGGCUCACCUACCACAUGUAUGCUGAUCCCAACUUUGUCCGCACAUUUCUUACCACAUACCGAUCAUUCUGCAAACCACAGGAGCUUCUGAGCCUGCUGAUAGACAGGCUUGAGAUUCCUGAUCCAGAACCAACAGAGGAGGACAAACAGAUACUGAUGACCAGCGAUCAUCCAAUGGUGGCCCAUCUCCAGAGGUUCCGAAAGGAAUACGUGCAGCCGGUCCAGCUCAGAGUUCUCAAUGUUUUCCGUCAGUGGGUUGAACAUCAUUUCUAUGACUUUGAGAACGAUGCAGCGCUUAGAAGUCGAUUAGAAGAGUACUUCACCACCAAAAUUCAACUGCGAGGGAAGUCCAUGAGAAAAUGGGUGGAGUCCAUUAAUAAGAUCAUCAGGAGAAAGAUGCAGCCUCAGACUAACGGUGUCAGUCCCAGCAUCACUUUUGAGAGCUCACCUCCGCCCAUCGAGUGGCACAUCUGCAGAACCGGCCAACUGGAGUCAUUUGACCUCAUGACCCUUCACCCCAUAGAGAUUGCACGCCAGCUGACACUGAUUGAGUCUGAGCUCUACAGAGCUGUUCGGCCGUCUGAGCUGGUCGGCAGCGUCUGGACCAAAGAGGACAAAGAGAAGCACUCUCCAAACUUGCUCCGCAUGAUUCGCCACACCACUAACCUCACUCUCUGGUUUGAAAAGUGUAUUGUAGAGACAAUGAACCUGGAAGAGAGGGUGGCAGUGUUUACACGGGUCAUAGAGAUUCUGCAGGUUUUCCAGGAGCUCAACAACUUCAAUGGUGUGCUGGAGGUGCUCAGUGCCAUCAAUUCUGUUGCGGUCUACAGGCUCGAGCACACCUAUGAGGCAGUACCAGAGAGGAAAAAGAAAAUCCUGGAAGACGCUGCAGAACUGAGCCAGGACCAUUUUAAGAAAUACUUGGCUAAACUCAAGUCAAUAAACCCACCCUGUGUGCCUUUCUUUGGUAUCUAUUUAACCAACAUACUGAAGACAGAGGAAGGCAAUCCAGACUUCCUGAAACGCCACGGAAAGGAUCUGAUCAACUUCAGCAAGAGGAGGAAAGUGGCGGAAAUCACAGGAGAGAUCCAGCAGUAUCAGAACCAGCCCUACUGUCUGAAAGUGGAGCCCGAGAUGAGGAAGUUCUUUGAGAACCUGAAUCCAAUGGGUAACCAGAGUGAGAAGGAAUUCACAGACUACCUGUUCAGGAAGUCUCUGGAAAUAGAGCCUCGGAACUGCAGGCAGCCUCCCCGAUUUCCUAGGAAGACCAUGUACAGUCUGAAAUCCCCAGGGAUCCGCCCCGUGCGAACGUCUACCUCUGGCACCCUAAAGGGCCACCCUGUCCCACUUGAGAGGGAGCCCCCACACAAGAUCACCUUCCGGAGUAUCAAUGAGAAUGAUCCGGAGGUUCCGGCAUCAGCCUCGGUGCCCACCUCUCCGAACACGCCCACUCCCCCACAGUCAGCCUCUUCUGACCUUAGCUCAGUCUUCACGGAGCACGACCAGCUCAGCAACUCCUAUGGCGGUAGCACUAACUCCAUAUUUGCUCCAGUUCUCCUGCCGCCUUCAAAGUUGCAGUCUGUGUCUUGCGGUAGCCUCCACCACCUUGGAGAGGAGCUAAAGCCACCACCUCUGCCACCUCGAAGGAAAGACACAAUGUCUGAAGCUAAAUUGAGCUCCAGGUCUGACAGCCCUCCUGCCAUCCCUCCCCGAGUGCCUCCUCCUCUGCACAGGAACCAGCCUCGUCCCCCAGUCUACAAUGGACCUCCCAAUGAUGGCCCUUUGCCCAGCCCUCCUCCUCCACCACCACCCCGCGACCCCCUACCAGACACGCCUCCCCCGGUGCCCCAGCGGCCCCCGGAGAUCUUCAUCAACUAUCCUGUCAACCAGCCUUCACCCGUGGGCCGAUAUCACUGGGACUUCGGCAGCUCCCCCAGUUCCCCCAACACACCACCCAGCACACCGUCCCCUCGCAUCUCCAGGCGGAGCUGCCCUCUCAGCGCCAGCCAGAAUAGCCUCUGCCCUCUCUCAAUUCCCACUUCCGCUCCACCUGUCCCCCCUCGUUACAACUCCAGCCCACACCUUCCUAAACUCCCACCAAAGACAUACAAAAGGGAGCCGCUACAGCCACCAGUACAAGGCCUCUCCUUGGUGGAGAACACCGACAGCAGUCACUGAGCCUGCUUUCCUUCACCACCAAAAACGCAAACUUCUGAAUCGCCUUCAAACUACAACGCAGAUGACUCAAAGCUACUGAUCUGAAAGAACAACACUGCUCAACACACAAACUCCACCCAUCCUCCUCUGCAUCCACCCCGACCCCGCUGUGCCUCUCAGGGGGAUCAGUAGCGCCACCUCCAUCGUUAAAACCCACCGUGCCAAUAAGAAACCCACACCGGUGUGCCAGCUAUUAAACACCAAGGAGUGUUUGUCGGCUUGGAGCAAUACCUCUUGCUCCUGAUAAAAGUUCUCACGUCUCACACACUUCACUUACCCCACACCUCCAUCACCAGUCGGGAUGGGGGGGGUGAAUAUGGGGGCCUUGGAUUUUGUAGCUUCAACUGUCGUGCUUUUGUUUCUUUUGGGCAUUGACAUGAUCUGGAGUCCUGCUGCAGCUCACAGACGUAGCUCUUUCACGGUGGCUGUGAGCAGCAGAUGUUUUCAUUUAUUUGUUUUUCCUAUUAACUGAGAGGAAACAGUUGCCAAAGUCUUACUUUAUGUAGGGGGAUAAGGGAUUUUCUUUUUUUGUUUUUUUCGUUUUUUUUUUUUUUUAAAAAAAACAAAAAACAAAUGUGACAUUAACAGAAACACCAAGGAGGUGACACUGAAUCCCCCCUCCCACCUUGUAACUCAGCUGUACACUGUGACUAUAUAAACACGAGUCAAACUUUUUUUUUUGUUGUUGUUGUUUUUGUUUUUGUCUGAAGACAGGCCUCUCCACAGCCACAAAACGUUGCCUUUAAAAAAUAAAUAAAUCAAUCAAUCCAACAGUGGUGACCUCUGACCCUAGGCUUCAGUUCUCUCAGCACAGAUACAAAAACGAGAGCUGAGAACACUCCAUUUGCACAUGAAGUUUGGGUAAAGUCAGCAGGUUUUGAUUGGACUUAUUUAAAAAAAAAAAAAAAGUAAAUAAAAAAAAUCCUUCUGCAUUGUAUGACAGAGGGAAGUCUGCCACGAUAUCAAACAGCACCUCCACAUGGAAGACGAGGACUCUGAUGUAUCCUCCUCCUUCAAAAGCCGAUGUCUUAACUGAACCCCUUAAGGACAUGCGCUGCUGUCUCACACUGUGCUCCCCUCCAGAAGCCACUCUCAUGGCGAACUCUUCUUCUUUGGUAUUAAAACUUAGCACUGGAAGCACGCAUCCUCCCACCAAAGCUGGGUCUGCCCUUGAGCCACCAGUGGCUGGCUGCUCUAAAGGCCUAAAAACAACCCCAUGAAAAAGGAACUUUUUAACCCAGCUUCUUUUUUUUUCCCUUUUAAUUUGCUCGAAACAUUUCUGUUUCCUUUGGAAAGACUGAAAUAAUCCUCGCAUCAUGCUCAAAAUGUGCCUUUUAUUUUGUUUUCUACUUCACGGAAAUAAGUAAACGGUGUCUAAAAUGCUAAAAAAAUAAAGUUGCCUAUAUAAUGUUUAGAACAAAGCUAUACACUAUGAAAUUGUACAUGUUUGUGGAUACUGUGUAUAUAUAACAUGUAUACACUAACUAAAUAAUUUGUAUAAAGUGACACGUUUUUUUUCUGUUGUAUUUUACCCUCAUCCACAUCUGUUCAGUCAAAUGUUGCCUAAUAAUCCACUGCUGUCACAGUCGGAUAAAAAAAAAAACAAGACCAAACAAAGAAACAGGUCACUGUCACUAACUUACUUACAAUCUCCAGUUUAUUAAUUGAGGAAAGCCAUUAUUUCUUCCCCACCCCUUAGGUGUUUCAAAGCAAUGAAAAUACAGUUCAGUAUGCCAAGUACUUAACAUGAACUUCACUUUGUACAUCCUACUAAUUUUCUCCUUUUCCAAGACUUUUUAAUGGUUACACUUAUUAAACAGAGGUUGGAAUUGUAUUAAAUUUCCAGUUGAAUAUAUGCAGACAUGCACUCAACUGCAAGUAUUGGAGCAUAGUGAAGAAUUGGAGAUUUUUUUUUUUCCCCUGAGAAACACACUUUGUGCACUUUAGGCUGUACUGUUGAAGAGCCACAGUUGUUAUAGGUCAUGUGUGUUAAACGCAGUGGUCCUAUGCAACUGUUAAACCUGCUUUCUACGUGGAUCAGGGCAGAAUAAACACACGCCUACCACCUCACUUUGAUCCCCCGUGCUGGGUCUGACGUUAGUAAACCGGAACAUUAAACAUGUUCAACCACCGUGAGCAGAACUGUUUAAAAAAAAAAAAAAAAAAAAAAAAACUCAAGCCCUUUUGUCUCCUUGCUUUUGCUCUGAAAAUACAGAGCCACUCUCUUCCUCGUGCUCUGUAUUGUGCAGAAGAUGGUAGAUAAUUCAGCUUUUGAUCAAACUAGGGAUGAAAGGGGUGCAUAGGAGGAUUUCUGUAAACAGAAGUGACAACGCUUGACUGUUUCAGUUUGUUUUUGUCCCAAGUUUCCCAUGUCAGGAUUGUUGGGGAACUUUUUUUAUUUUUAUUUUUUGGUGGCAGUGUAACAGCUUGAUCCAGCAGUUGGUUUAUUUGAUGGUAUGUGGCCUUUUAACUGCUUUGUAUUAAUAGUCUUGAUGAGAUUAAUAAAUCACCCAGUCUUAUUUUGUA